CGGAAGAACAACCAACUUUUAUCCCGCAUCACAUUCACAGUUCACAAUGGGUCGUGGUCGUCGUAUGAAGAAGCAGGGCCCCCCGGCCCCGCUCGAUGAGUCCAAAAUCACCAUGCUCAAGAAACGCAAGGCUGGUGAGGCCGAGUCGAAGGCCGAGGCGGGCAAGAAGCGGAGAAGAGCUGAUGCCGACGAGGAGGAGGUCGCGAAGCCCGUGCUGAAGAAGAAGGCCAAUGGUGCUGCUAACGCUAAGGAGACCAAGACGACCAAGGCGACCAAGGCUGAGGGCAAAGCUAAGGCCAAGCCCGUCGAGAAGAAGCCCCAGUUCAUGGAUUCGGACGAUGAGGAGGAAGAACUCGAGGAGUUGGACGAGUCGAUGCUUGAUGAGUUUGAGGAUCUGGAUGGUGUCAGUGAUGGCUCGAUGGACAGCCAGGAGGAGGAGGACGACGACGACUCGAUCAUGGAUUCGGACGAAGACGACCACCCUCGCGAAACCAUGUUCUCCGACGAAGACCUUUCCGACGCAGAAGAGAAGCUCACAGCAGCCAACAUCGAGGGUUUGUCGCGGAAGUUGGAUCUCGCCAGACAGGAGGAGGAAGAAGAGGCCGAGCGAGAAUUGCAGGAAUCGGCUAUGCAGACUAACAUCGCUGGCGACCGUCCCGAUGUCUUCGGCGAUGAUGUCCAGCCCGGUCUGGCGCCUGACCUCCAGCUGCUCCGCACGAGAAUUACCGACACCAUUCGCAUCCUGGGCGAUCUGAAGACCCUCGGCCAGCCCGGCAAGUCUCGUACCGAUUACACCGAGCUCCUUCUCGGCGACAUCUGCACAUACUACGGCUACACCCCCUUCCUCGCGGAGAAGCUUUUCAACCUUUUCACUCCCAUGGAAGCCUUCGCCUUCUUCGAGGCCAACGAAACCCCCCGUCCCGUCGUCAUCCGUACCAACACCCUGCGCACCAACCGUCGUUCUCUCGCCCAGGCCCUGAUCAACCGUGGUGUGGUGCUCGAGCCCGUCGGCAAGUGGUCUAAGGUCGGUCUCCAGGUCUUCGAAUCCGCUGUGCCCCUUGGUGCUACUCCCGAAUAUCUGGCUGGUCACUACAUUCUCCAAGCUGCCUCUUCCUUCCUUCCCGUCAUGGCACUCGCCCCGCAGCCCAACGAGCGCGUUCUCGAUAUGGCCUCCGCCCCCGGUGGUAAGACCACCUACAUCUCCGCCCUCAUGCGCAACACUGGCUGUGUCAUCGCCAACGAUGCCAGCAAGCCCCGUGCCAAGGGUCUGAUUGGUAACAUUCACCGUCUGGGAUGCAAGAACACCAUUGUGACCCACAUGGAUGCCCGUACCGCCUUCCCCAGGGCCAUGGGUGGUUUCGACCGUGUUCUUCUUGACGCUCCUUGCACCGGUACUGGUGUCAUUUCCAAGGACCCCAGUGUUAAGACUUCCAAGAACGAGCGUGACUUCCUCGCUAUCCCCCACAUGCAGCGCCAGCUUCUCCUCGCCGCCAUCGACUCGGUUGACCACAACUCCAAAACUGGCGGUUACGUCGUCUACUCGACCUGUAGUGUCACCGUGGAAGAGAACGAGGCCGUCGUUCAGUACGUCCUGCGCAAGCGCCCCAACGUCAAGCUGGUCGACACCGGUCUCGGCGACUUCGGUAGCCCCGGUAUGACGAGCUACAUGGGCAAGCACUUCGAUGCCAAGAUGACCCUGACGAGACGUUACUUCCCCCACCGCGAGAACGUCGACGGUUUCUUCGUCUCCAAGUUCAAGAAGACCGGCCCCUCCCCUGCCACCAAGGCCGGCGAUGCCGCGGCUGCCCCUUCCACCGGCGAGGCUAAGCCCUCCAAGACCCCCUCCGUGACCUCCACCGACGACGAGAUCAUCGACAAGACCCCCAUCGCCGACGAGGACGGCAUGGUCGUUGAGACCGAAGGCGGCAGCUUCGGACCCUUCGAGGAGGACCCAGCAGACGCCGAACGCAUCGCCCGCGCAGAGCGCAACCGCCUCCGUCGCAAGGGUCUGAACCCCAAGGCUGUCCUCAACAAGCCCUCGAAAUCCAAGAAGGAGACCACCGAAACCCCCGCCACGGAAGCCUCCCCCAAGCCCGCCGACAAGAAGGAAAAGAAGGAAGCCCCCACCAAGGAGCAGAAGAAGGACGAGCCCGCCCCGGCCAUCGAAAAGAAGGUCAAGGAGACCACCACCACCGACAACAAACCCGCCAAGAAAGUCACGAAGAAGCAACAACAACCCGCCGCCACACAAGAAUCCCCUUCCACCACCACGGAGAAGAAGCCCGCUACGAAGGCCAAGAAAGCAGGCAAGAAAUAAAUGAAUACAUACCCACCUAAUCCGGCUUGUCUUCGUCUAUGAUCCUUCAUCUUCCUCAUCUUCUUCUUCAUUCUUGUAUUCUACGUUGUGGUUGACCAAAAGCAUCUUCAUCUCGCUUAUCUUGUCUUGUUUUUCUUUGUCGUGUCUGGUUAUGUAUGGGCGGCGCAUGCGCAUCUGAAUCUUUUUCUUCCUAUAUGAUGGUGGUACAUAGAUAGCUUCUAGUUACUGGGCUGGUUGAGUCAAUAGAUACC